GCUGUCACCACCACCGAGGUCAUCUCCGCUACCACCUACGUCUGCCCCGAGGAGACCACCAUCACCUACGGACCCAGCACCUACACCGUCCCCGCUAGCGGCACCCUGAGCAUCCCUCAGUACACCGCUACCUACGUCCACACCCCUGUGGUCCCCGCCCCUGCCAAGUCCACCCCUGUUGUC